UACUAUACCUAUAUAUAGUAUAAUUAAGGAAUUUACUUGUUGUUAUAGACAUUAUUACAUAGACAUACAUAUAGAUAUACAAUGCCUCAAAACGAGUAUAUCGAGCAGCAUAUUAAGCAACAUGGGAGACGUUUAGAUUAUGAAGAAAGAAAGAGAAAGAAGGAAGCCAGAGAAGGGCAUAGAAUAGCAAAAGAUGCUCAAACCUUAAAGGGAUGGAGAGGUAAACAAUUUGCUAAGAAGAGAUAUAGUGAAAAGGUUGCUAUGAAAAAGAAGAUUAAGGCCCAUCAAGAAUCUAAAGUUAAAGCACCUUCAACUCCUAAUGAUGAAAAUGGUGAAGCAUUACCAACUUAUCUUUUAGAUCGUCAAACUAAUAAUACUGCUAAAGCUAUAUCAUCAUCAAUUAAACAAAAGAGAUUAGAAAAAGCUGAUAAAUUCUCAGUACCAUUACCUAAAGUGAGAGGUAUUUCUGAAGAAGAAAUGUUUAAAGUUAUUAAAACUGGGAAAUCAAAGACAAAAUCAUGGAAAAGAAUGAUUACAAAACAUACAUUUGUUGGAGAAGGAUUUACUCGUAGACCAGUUAAAAUGGAAAGAAUUAUUAGACCUGCCGCUUUAAGACAGAAAAAGGCUAAUGUUACCCAUCCUGAACUUGGAGUUACAGUAUUUUUACCAAUUUUAGGAGUUAAAAAGAAUCCUCAAUCUCCAAUGUAUACUCAAUUAGGAGUAUUAACUAAAGGUACUAUCAUAGAAGUUAAUGUUUCUGAAUUAGGGUUAGUAACAGCUGGUGGUAAAGUGGUUUGGGGUAAAUAUGCUCAAAUCACUAAUGAACCUGACAGAGAUGGAUGUGUCAAUGCUGUUUUAUUAGUAUAAGUUAUGAUCUUUUACCUUAUUAAUUUACUUCGAUACUUUACUUUUAACUUUUUAGUUUUCUAUUAUUAUAUUCUUUUGCAUACUUAGUUCCAAUUAAAUGUACAUUAGUCAAAAACCA